CAUUAAUGGAUCAGUUCAAACUCCAUCACAAUGAAGAACGCUCUGCGAAUAGCAGUAGCAGCAGCAGUUGUUCUAACAAUCAUCGCCGCCGGUGGAGCAAUAGUCGCAGUCGGCACUGAUCAGAGUCGUCAGAGUGGAAUCAGGAUUGCUACUACGACUGAAGAAACUUGGGGGGCGCCAUACUGCGACGACACAGGCGCUUCAGCUGCGUUCGAGGCACAUAAAGCGCAAGUACUUGACGAGUUGGUGGAUGUGACCUCGACAGCUAAAGGCCGUCGUCGCUACUCCACCACCUUUCCUCCCGGUUCCUCGGCGGAUGAUGUAGUCUCCGGCGUCGCCUUUUGCAGUCCGCUCGUAGGAGUUUCGGAGUGUACUUCUUGUCUGGCUGGUGCUAAACUUUCACUGGUGGUUCGCAGUUGCGCGUUCAUGAGGUCCGGGAUCGUGGUUCUGCCUCAUUGCACCGUGGCCUAUGCCCCGGCAGCGUAGUAGUAGUGUUGAGCUAUAGGUUUCUCUUCCAGAAAAAGGGAACAUUCUGCACAAUACUGAUCAUGAUUCAUGAAGGAUUGAAGUAGAUGACAUGAAAGGUUCAGUCACUUGUGUGCUAUACAACAAUACUGAACAGAAAAAAGAAAUCUACGGAAUUCGC